AUGGCAUUAUUCACCAAGAUAUUUUUAAGAUGCUUCACCUUGCUUUUCCUAGCAGGUAAUACCUUACUAUUAAUUCUUAUCAUCUUAUCAGGGUCCAUGACUAAUUACCCAAUAGAUAGAUUGUACUGGGUUCAAGGUGAUACUUCCGGAAUUCCAAAUGCUGCAAAUACAACAAGAUGGACCUUUUGGGGUGCUUGCUCCAUAUCCAAUGGUAUAACUGAAUGUGGUGAACAUUUAUCACCCGCUGCACCAAUUUCUCCACUAGACAAUUUUGAUACUAAAGUUAAUGUUCCCUUUAAGUUUAUUUCUGAUAGAGACACGUACUACUAUUUAUCUAGAUUCUCCUUCUGUUUCUUUUGGAUCGCUUUAGCAUUUAUUGGUGUUGCCUUCUUAUUAUAUAUUUUAACUUUCUGUUCUAGAUUCAUUUUACAAGUUGUGAUGAUUUUAUCUAUCGUUGGAUGCAUUUUCAAUAUGGUAGCUGUUGUAUUACAAACUGCAGUCUCAGUAUUGGCCAGAAAUGCCUUCCAUGAUGCUGAUAGAAAAGCUAAUGUAGGUGCCCCACUAUUAGGAAUUGCGUGGGCGUCUUUAGUCGUAGCUUUCAUUGAUAUGUGUUUAACUAUCUGCUGGUGGUGGAAGGCCAAAAAAAAUAAUUCCUACAAUUCUCCACUAAUCAAUGAUGAUCCAGAAAUUGGUGGAUUUUUCCAUAGAAAGAAGGAUUCUUUACCAGUUCCUGAACCUCUUGAACCAUACUCUGUUCUAUCUCCAUCUCCUGUACCUGCGAACCCAUCAUACAAUAAUGAUAAUAAUUUAAAUGUGCCAUAUCUAGAAGAAAAUGCUAAUCAAGAACAACUAAUACCUAGUGCUAGUCCAGCUUUGACUGCUUCUAUUCAACUACCCACCCCAAAUCAAGGCUCUAUAGAACAAAAUCCGCAUAAAGGAAUAAAAUUCUUUACUGUAAGAAAACACAAACAACAUAUGAAAGAUGAUGCCUCUGAGGAUGAUUCAGUAUAA